CAAAUCGAAGGUGCACCAGGAAUAAAUAAAGGUCAACAGAAUCAUUAUAAAGUAUGCAAAUCCACCUCCGACCAUAAAUUAGAAACUCCCAAGGCCAAUCCUGAAGUAAUUAAAAUUGGAUCGACUGCUAACACAACCAAACCCCUUAGCGUAGGCGCUGGUUCUGCUAAACAUGAAUCAAAGCAGUAUUACGCUCAUCAUUACAACUUAGUCAGUCCUGUAAAACAAAGUAAUUUCCAUCAACAUUCCCAAGCUGUUUUUCGCCCACAAUCAAAUGUCAGUUGUGUGAAGCCAAAACCAAGAAAUAAACAGAAUGUACAACAUAUUUCAAACCUUAGUUGUGCUAAUACUGGCGAAAGUCAGCCGGCACCAAGUGGGACCGGAUCUUUGAAAUGGUUGGACUGCCUACCUCUGGUUGAAACGCUUAACGCGACAGUUAGUAACCCCACGCAUACAUCUCGAAGUGGGGCCGAACCCCUUGAUUGGAUAGGACGGUUGCCCCUACUUGUUAAUUACUCGACGCAUGCGCCUCGCUCACGCCAGACUCAAAGGAAUGAAACAGGAAAGAUGAACCGGCAUACGUUUUUUUGGUCGCGAUUCAACCAGCAGGCAGACUGGUUGAAUUACCUGGAGUUUGUCCGUCGCACAUUGCAAUAA